UUCGAGCUCUUGAUCGACACGAAACAUGAUGCUACACACAGCUGCACCCUUGUAACCACAGCUGCCAAGAGAACGAUCUCAUGAGCGCAGAACGUGCGACCCAUCGUAGUCUGCGUCAGUGGACGUUGAGGCUGCGCAGCGCUGCAAUGCCGGACUGCGAACGUUUGACGAAACAUUGACAAAGGAUCGAUCCAGUCAACAACAAUGGCUUGUAUGCUUCCAAACACCCGGAGAAUAUUGUUCAAAGCGACGAUAUUCGUGCUUGCUUUGCUGGCAGCUGGGCAGUUUUUGAUAAAUCAGAAAAAUUUUCGAUCUAGUCUUGCCCUGCAGAACUGUGAGGAAAGUUUAAAAGAAAUCACUCGAUUAAAGAGCGAAAGUGAGAUUUUUCAUAGGAAUAAAAAUAAAGUUGAAGUCCCUCCCCCUCAGAAGCCCCCUCCCCUCAGAAUCCCCCGCAGACCUCCCUCAGGGAUCAAAAGGUGCCGCUAUGCCUCUAUACCGUGACUUCUUCGUCCAAGACACCUGGCCAGGUGUGGAUCUAAGCCUCGGUCUCACGCUGGGAGGCCUGCCUCGGACAGUGUACUAUCUGUGGUGCGGUGACAAGCAGUUCCUCUUUGGACACUACCUUGUUCUCCUCUCCUCCAUCAGGAUUCUUCGAGCCUCAAAGGUAAUCUUUCUGCACGACCAUCUGCCCCAAAACGACGGCAACCUCUACAACACCUGGUUUGACGAGUUCAAAUACUCCGUCCCCAAUUUCCAGCUGCUUCAGGUCUCUGGUACUUGUGGGAGAAAAGACUCACUGAAGGCUGUGUUGGAGCUCUUGCCGACAGAAGGAGGAAUUGUUCUGGGCGAAAAUGCCCUUAUUCCUCGUCUGCCUACAGGAAUAGAACACAUGCCGUUAUGGUUGGCCUUGUCUGGCGAGGACGUUAGUCGUGGAGUGCUGAUCGCGCAGCGUGGCUUCAACAACACAAAGUCACAUGACUAUCUCCGUGACGUCAAGUCAGCCAAAGCCUCUUGCGUCACAGCGGAGCAGUACACGGCGCCUGUUGACGACAUUCAUUGCAUCAUAGUCGACAGUGACGUACAUCCCCGUGACUGUGGCAAGGGCAGACGCCGUUCGCGGAGCUGGCUCGCUGGCUGUAUUACGGCAGGCGCUCCCCGAUACUUGCCCUUCCUGACCCCAGCCGACCCAUCCCGCGUAUCGCGCACUACGUGUGGCUGAAGAAGAACCCCUCAGCCGCUGACCUGGACUUGCCCUUCUCAAAGUUCCUGAGCAUGAUCAGCGCCCUCUACGUCGGGGGCUUUCAACAUGUGUAUGUCCAUGGCAACAUGGAACCUGAAGGCGAAUGGUGGCAACAGCUACGCUCUGAGAAUGUCACCUUCGUCAGAAUCGAGAAGCCGACUCCCAUGUUUCAGAUGGACUUUCCUAAUCUCCAGGCCAGCAGCGACUUCCUCAGAUCCAUCUUGCUCUUGAAUUACGGCGGAGCCUACAUGGACACCGACGCCUUGUGGACGAGUCGGGUGCCGGACUGGCUGCUUCACUACCCUGUCGUCGCGUCCUUCGAUUGGCCAAUAAGUGGCCCCUGGCCUAACACCUUUAACCUGGGCGUCUUGCUAGCCCGACCACAGGCCCCCUGGUUACGUCAUUGGUUGACCACGUUUCGUCACUACCGGUUGUCAGAUUCUGGCUUCACGGCUACGCUCAUGCCUUACCGGGUGUAUGAACACUACCCCGAUGAACUUUACGUCUACAGCCGAUUACAGGUAAUUUGCUACCACAACAUAUGCCAUCCGACGUGGGAGAAGGACUUCAUGCGAGACUUAGACGACAAGCAACCGACGCUGCCGUUUAACGUCACAGAUGUACACGCCAUGCACGUCACCCAGCCAAAGCCCGCUGCGUCAUGGGAGACGCCGAAGACAUUAAAGAAGGGGGCCGACUUUUUUGCGGAGUUCGGUCUCAAUGUUCUCAAGCAAAGCGGCAGGAUGCACCUGUUACAAUGACAGACCUCUGAAAGGACAUUGGUAGUACUUGAAGGUAAAAUAAAUUGAGAAAGUAUGCGCGCGUCGUGUAAGGAUUUUUCAAUGAGAUUUGAAAGACAAUAAACCGACAAAUCUGUUCAACGUUACAGAACUGCAUGCCUAGCACGUGACCUCUAAGACUUCAUGUCAUUUGACGCGUCCAAGAACUAUAAGGAGGGUACCAACCUUUUUCCAAAGAUUGGAAUAUGUUACUAUUACAGCCACUUUCUUUCCAACGUUCAACGACGUAGCGGGACGUAUUCUGUGUAACUGUCCUUUAACUGCAUCUGUCAAUUCAUGCAUCAAUGUCAAUUUUUCAUCUGCGCAAAGGUUUCGUAAUGGGUGAUCAGCUGGGACAUGUUUAUGGAAUGCUAUGUUUUACUAAUUCAAUUUUAAUAUUUUGACUUUGUUUUAAAAUGACAAGAUGAAAAAGUGGGUGUAUGUUUUCUAUGUGCACAUUAUCUCACCAUGGCUACAUUAAUAUUUUGGAAAGCUUUAUUUACUCAUCUUUUUCGCAUCAUUCUCAGGCAUUUUUAUUUUAAUUUCAAUAAUAAAAAAAGAAUGGUGGAUCAAGAUGUGAUUUCUUAAGUAUGUGAAGUCAUGUGAUAUGUUCCUGGGGAAACCUUUGAGAUCAAGCAUUAUUACACUGCAUGGACCACAAUAUUAUCACAAGCUGCCAAUGCGUCAGAAAAUAUUAGGUUGUUGGAAAGUCAUAAUGUAUUUUCUGUUUUUCUCUGCUGGUAGGUCUGUUUUACUUUUGAAAACUGUUUUAGUUUAAGUCAGUUUAAAAUGACUAAAAUAACAAUACAGGCAACUAAAAUUAAACAACUGUACAAGAAUUAAAAUUGAGAUAAGGUUAAUAAAUGCAUGCUACGCAUUUGAUAUGCGGGAAAAUGUGU